UGUACUGUGAAUGGAACUGACCAUUAGUCAUCGUCACAUGAUAAAGCUGGAAUUUUUAGCCGGAAAAACGCACAGUAAUUUAGUCUUCUGACAGUGUUUGAUAGACAUCAAAAUGAUAUGCAGAGGACUUACAGAUGGCACAAAUGCCGACGAAGAUAUUCAGAAAAUCUGCAACGAAGUAAAGUCUCAAGCUGAGCAAAAAACGCGGAAAAAGUACGACGUCUUCGUCGCCAAGGUUUACAAAUCACAGGUUGUCGCUGGGACCAACUACUUCAUCAAGGUGCACGUGGGAGGAGAUGACCACAUCCACAUGCGCGUCUUCAAAAGUCUGCCACACGCCGGAUCAGUGCUGAAGCUGGCUGACGUCCAAGAGGACAAGACACAUGCCGAUGCCAUUGAGUUCUUUUGAAUGACAAAG